AUGUUGAAUCUCCAAGAGUGGCAGAAGCUCCCAAUUGGUCUCGGCGAACUCUGCAUCAACACAACUCUCCGCUGUGGGCAAUGUUUCCGGUGGCGCAAAUCAGAUGAAGGUGUCUGGUCAAUGGCCCUCCACGGCCGCAUUCUGGCACUGCAUCAAGACCCUGAAUACCUCUAUUACCGUUCAAUCAUUCCGACAAAACAAUCACCAGACUCAAAGGCUCAACCCGACGAUGAUACUCUACCCCUUCUCAGGCAUUACCUCAAUCUUGGUCCCAAUCUCACCCAACUGUACGCCGAAUGGUCCUCCGCCGACGCGAACUUCAAUCGCAAAGCUCCCAAAUUUACCGGUAUUCGCAUUCUGAAGCAAGAUGCUUGGGAAGCUCUUGUUGGCUUUAUCUGCAGUUCCAACAACAACAUUGCCCGAAUUUCCCAGAUGGUCGAGAAGCUAUGCACAAAUUAUGGUCCAUUGAUCGGCCAGUUCGAGAACAAGGACUACUACGACUUUCCCACUCCAUCAUCUUUGGCCAAGCCAGGUGUAGAGCAAAAGCUGAGAGAAUUGGGCUUUGGAUACAGAGCAAAAUACCUGUACAAGACAGCAUGCAUGGUUACAGAGAAAGAGGAUGGUUGGCUGGACCAUUUACGCAAUCCUGAAAGUCCCGUGCUAGGCAUAAAGCCUGAGCCAGCUGGCGAGUGGGCAAAUGAGGGAAGAGAAGGUUACAGACAUGCACAUGAACAACUGCUCGAACUUCAAGGUGUAGGGCCGAAGGUCGCUGACUGCGUCUGCCUCAUGGGACUUGGCUGGGGCGAGGCUGUCCCAGUCGAUACUCAUGUUUGGCAAAUCGCUGUUCGUGACUACAAAUUCGGCAAGGGCAAGCACGCAAGUCUAACAAAAGCCACGUAUGAUGCUGUUGCAAACAAGUUCCGCAGUCUAUGGGGCCAAGAAGCUGGCUGGGCACAUUCUGUUCUCUUCACUGCUGAUCUCAAAGCCUUCUCGGAGCGACUAGUCGCCAAAACGGAAGUCAAAGAGGAGGUCAAGGAAAUCAAGACAGAAGACGGUGAGCCUGUUGAAGAGACCAUUGUCGAGGAAGACAAGACUCUCGUCAAAGGCAUCAAAAGAGAAGCUGACGAGGACGAACAAAAACUGGUCGAGACGAAACACAAUGUCGUCAAAAAAGCAAAGAGAAGAAAGAAGGCAUCAUAUUGA